CACUGCUGGUCUUAGUUCAGGAAGGAAAAGAAAAGAUAUAGAAAAGCAGGGCAGAUAAGAUGGGAGCUGUGUGUGUUUGGUUGUUGGUGGUCCUCUGGAUGAGCAGCUCUGACGGGGCAGUGGCGGGACAGACACUCAAUGACUCCUCACUUCUGUUUACGUACACGAAUCGUUUACUUAACGUGUCCAGACGAUCGGGCAACCGGAGUUCAGAUUUUUUCCUCCUGGACUUUGACGAGGGGAUGCUGGAGGACUGGCGCUCCUUGGCCAGCAAGAAGAGCAGCGGCGGGGAGUCGCAGGACGGUAGCGUCAAGGCGCUGCUUGUGGCCACGUAUUCACUGAUCAUCGUGAUAUCCCUGUUCGGGAACACCUUGGUGUGUCAUGUGGUGGUAAAAAACAAGCGCGCCCAGUCCGCCACCAACUUUUUUAUUUUGAACCUGGCGGUAGCUGAUAUCUUCAUCACGGUCCUCAAUACACCUUUUACCCUGGUACGCUUUGUGAACAGCACCUGGGUGUUUGGGAGAGUAAUGUGUCACAUCAGUCGCUUUGUACAGUACUGCUCCCUGCAUGUCUCCACACUCACACUGACUGCCAUCGCGCUGGAUCGGCGUCAGGUGAUUUUAUAUCCUUUGAGACCCCGCAUGUCUCCGGCUCAAGGAGGCGUUUGGAUCGCUGUCAUCUGGAUAAUGGCCAGCUGCUUUUCGCUCCCGCAUGCCAUCUACCAAAAGCUCCUGACAUUUGCGUACAGCAAGGAGAAGGAGCGCAGCUUGUGUGUCCCAGAUUUCCCAGAGCCGUCGGACGUCUACUGGCAGUACAUCGACCUCUUGACCUUCAUAUUGCUGUACAUGCUGCCUCUCCUCAUCAUCAGCGCCUGCUACACCACAGUGGCCCGUCGGCUUUGGCGCCACAACACCAUCGGCGACGCCACGACAGCUCAGCACGCCACCCAGAGAAGGAAGCGCAGGCGAACGCUGGCCAUGCUGCUCCUGGUGGUCGGGGUGUUCGCUGUCUGCUGGUUUCCCCUCAACUGCUACGUGGUGCUGCUGUCCAGCCAGGCCAUCCACUCCUCUAACGCGCUGUACUUCUGCUUUCACUGGCUGGCUAUGAGCUCCACGUGCUACAACCCUUUCAUCUACUGCUGCCUCAACCCCAUCUUCCGCCAGGAGCUCCGGCACCUCCUCAACAAGUGCAGGAAGAGCCGGAGGGCGGUGGUCGGGCUGGAGCCGGAGCUUCGCCCGGCGGUCGCCCCCCGUCACAGGACUGCCUGGCCAGACAACCACGAGUCCUCAAGGCCGCGGCGCGCCUCGUCACACGUGGGCCAGUCGUCCUUACAGCCGAGCUACGCCACUUCUAGUCAGUCCCACAACCUGAAGGACGCGCAUGUGCUCUUCACUGCCAGGCAGGCGCUCACAGGGAGAACGGACAUCCUCUCAGUGGAGCCCAUCGUGGCCGUGAGCUGACCGGAGACGGCGCCUACAAUCCUGUUAAAAAUCACAUGAAGUUGUUCUUUUUUAAACGAAGGGCAGUAAAAUCUCAGAGGACACAGGAUUUCAAUUGCAGCAAGAUAAAAGAAAAAGGCUUUUGUGAUGACCAUGAGUCACGUCAAAUAGCAUCUCCGUGCUUUUUUUUUCUUUUUCUAUUCUUAUGGUUCACAAGAAAAGAAAAAAAAAUCAACCUUUGAAAUACCAUUCUCACCCAGGAUGCCAAACGCAAUUGCACACACAUUAAAACCUUUCAGUUGAUUGGUGGUCACGAUAACGGAGGCAGUGACUCAGUGACUGAUUUUCUAACUGUGAGUCUUUUCAUUAAGCAGCCUUCCCGAGUCUGCACUGUUGACGAGCUCUGCUAAUAAGUUUACCUCUACAGCUUCAGUUUUCCAUUCAAGUGCAGUAUUUUUCAAUUUGUUUGUCCUUCACUGUUGUUUAUCUAGAGGACUUACAGGGUAUAUUACAUUUGGGGAAAAAAUAAUAGAUAAAUAUUACUGCAGUCAGAUUUAUCUUAUAUUUAUUUUAGUUCCACUUUAAGUGCUUCAAAGGCCACAGUGAUAAAUUCCAACACAGUGAUCUGUAAAAAUGUUUAUCAGUGGCCUUGCUAGUGUCCGCAAAGUAAGACUACGAAUGAAUGAACUGAAUGAAGGAAAAACAGUCACGAAUUGGUGGUGACACGCUUGUUAUAGAAGCUUUAAAAAGAUCUGAUUAGCACUAAAUAAUCGUGCAACCACGUGGGUGUAAUGAAUGCAUUUUUCCAAGUGCACGUUUGCACAAUGUAAGUUUAAAAACAAGGUCGGCCCUGCUGGGUGGCACGGGAAUAUAUAUAUAAGUGUUUGUUUUUCUGUGUUGGCCCUGUGAUGCAGUGGCCAUACAUCCAGGGACAUUAUGUUGAUGUCAUGUAAACAUAUGUUGUUGCGUAAUUUCAUCGAGCAUCCAUGUAAACGGUUCCUUUUUUAAGCUUUCAUCUGACAGUAAUGGAUUUCAUUUUCCCUUUUUCCAUACACGGAUUUUUUAAAUAACAAAACGAUGUCACUCGUACCUUGACAUGUUUUUGCCUUCCUCAGAAGGGUCACCGAUGGUAGGGUGACCUGGUCUUAUCAGCUGAUGUUGACCGAGGCGUGACCAUCCUGUCGAUUUGGACAGCUGUCGACGUGAUUGGACGGUCACGCUGUCCAUUAAGGAAGAGUCGUCCACACAGAAGACUCAAUGAACACCGCUAAGCAUUCGCCAUCUGAAUGUGGAUAUUGUUGUCAGACCUUUGGUCAAUCAAACAUCCAAGGCAUACAAGUAAAUAUUGGCACGUUAUUCAUGUUUUUUGUCAUUUUAAGAAUCGUCUGGUUGUGGAUUUCAGCAGUACAUUCAUAAAUGCAACCACCUUCUUUACUUCAUAUCCUCACAUGUUGAAACAAGGAGGAUUAUGCAAGCUUGAAUUUACACUUUAAUCAACAGAAGAAGAAAAAAAAAAAGGAGAAAGUCAAGUAGAAUGUACAUCCAGAAUAUUUUUACAUAUAUCUCAGGUACACUUUAACAAGUCUCUGCAGAGUAUCAAGAAUACACACACAGGACCAGAAUACAGCUAAGCAAAUAAGAGCAAUGAGCUGAAGUAACGAAUGAUCGUAUGACCAGCAUUUCAAGUUUUGCGUAUUCUAGUUUUUCAAACUUUUUCAUGUAAACUCAGGCCAGAUUAACUGCUGGCACUUUUUGUAAAUACAACAUAGAUGUGGUUACUUGACUGUGAUGUUUACACUGAGCUUACUGUACGAAAAUAAAUGAAAAUGUUUGCUGGUUACGUGUCCUCGCCGCCUUUUAAAAUACCAUCCAUAUCAUCUGCACAAACACACAAAACGUGUUAAUCAAAUAAGCAACAAUUUUGUGCCAUGUUGUCAUGGCAAUGAAGAUACAUAGAUUUAUGGGUGGUAAUGAGUGUGACAGGUUUAGUGGUGCUCUGUAAUUGUGUAUCAGUGUUAUGGAAGGGGUUGUGUAGGAAACUUUUCUCUACACAAAACAUCACAUUUACACGUUAAUUCAGUCAAAGAAUGGAUGAAAUUAAAACCAGCUAAGAAGACAAUUGUUGUUUUUAGUGUUUUUGUGGGGAAAAAAAGAAUAUUUUUGUGUAGUAAAAUGUGUGUACAUAUUCAAAUGGGUAUACUUGUAGUGUGUAAAAGAAAAAAUGUGUAUAAUGUGAUUUUUUGUUUUUCUUACCCAUGAACUCAAUGUUUGCUUUACUUUUUGGCUUACUUACUCGUGGCUUACUUGUGAGCACCUGCAAAAAUAAAACCUUUGCAACGUUAA